AUGAUGCGUCGUCGUGUGUCGUCUUUGCAGCGGUCAGGGCAGAAGCGUCAGGAUGGCGAACGUCUGCUUCUUCCCCAUGAGUCCGUGUAUCGGCUGGACUUCCCCACCCAGGAGCUGAACUUCUCCCGCUGGUACUUCUCCCUCAUCGCCUACGGUCGUGUCACCAUUACCGGUAUUUCCCAGCACUGGACCCCGGACCUCACCAACCUGAUGACCCGUCAGCUACUGGAGCCGAUCGGAACGUUUUGGCGAAACGCUGGCGACCCAGAGGAUUCGCCACUCAAAUGGCUGGAGGCGGACAUGCAGGAGUUCGGCGAAAGGAUUGCGGAGCUGGCCGGGGUCAGGAAGGUUAUGUACUUCCUGUUUGCUUUCAAGGAUGGGGCGGAGGCAGCAAAUCUUAGUUGCUCGGUGGAGUUUACAACAGACAAAUGA